AAAGAAAAAAGAAAGAAAAAGCCGAUGAUCGGUUUGUGCUAGCAAAGAAGAAAGAACUGGGUCUAUUGCUAUUAACAUUCCAAAACGCUAGUGGUUCGCAGGCUGCUGUUUGUCUGCUCAAGAUGGAAUCUAUUUAGUAUUUAAGAUGGAAUCCUUUAUCAUAAGGAUUUUGGACCACUAGCUCCUAUGAGACCACCUGCAAAUUCAUCAUAAUCGUAAACAUCAGCAAUGGCUGGAAAUUGCCUUGAAGUGGUGGAGCUAACAAGCAGUGGACGCCCAGUCCUCCUCCCAUCAGAGAUUGAAUGUUCACUCCUCUCUGCUGUAGACCUCGAAUGUGAAGAACUCCCCAACUUUCCUAACCUCAAAUCGGCUAUCCUCACCCUCACCACCCACCGCCUCUUGUGGCUCCCUGACUCCUCUUCACAAGGAGCCUCUUCAGCCAUCCCACUCGCCUCCAUCACCCACAUCUUCUCUGCCAAAAAAUCCCUCAAGUCCAUGUUCGCCUCGCCUCGAAUCCGGUUCCAGCUUUCAGUGUCACCCGACGGCCGGGUUUCGAGUUCAGGUUCAGGUUCCAGGUCCAUCGUCGUUACAGUGGUUGUGAGGGGGAAGGGUGCUGAUUUGGAUGUGUUUUUGACCAAGUUUUGGGAUAACUGGCGAGGAAGAGCCUGGGAGACUGGGAAUGCUGAUGUCACUUCAGGCUCUGUGUCUGGUUCUGGGUCAACUUCUUCUGGGUUAUACACUAAGGAAGGAACGGUGAGGAUGGUCGGGGUGUCUGGAAUACUCAGGAAGGAACAAGAGAUGUGGGAGACUACUGAUAAGAGCUUGCAGGACGCUUUCCAGGACUUGAAUGCUCUCAUGAGUAAAGCUAAAGAGAUGGUGUUGCUAGCAGAGAAAAUGAGGCAAAAGCUUUUAUCCAGCUCGACUUCUCAGCCUAGUGCAGCAGAGGACGAGGAAUUGGGUUCCAAACAAGAAAUGCAAGACUGGUUACUUAGUGUUGGUAUUAUCUCGCCUGUCACCAAAGAGUCUGCUGGUGCUCUUUACCACCAACAAUUGUCACGUCAGUUGGCAGAUUUUGUCAGGCUUCCACUUGAGAGAGCUGGAGGAAUGAUGAAUCUUAUAGAUAUUUACUGUCUCUUCAAUCGUGCUCGAGGAACAGAAUUGAUCUCGCCAGAGGAUUUGCUUCAAGCAUGUGUUCUGUGGGAGAAGUUUGAUGUCCCAGUAAUGCUUCGGAAGUUUGAUAGUGGGGUCAUGGUAAUCCAGAAUAAGUCCCACAGUGAUGAAGAGAUCUUUGCUAAAAUUAAGACGCUUGCAACACAGCCCGAUGCUCUUCGAACUGGUAUAAGUGCGAGAGAUGCUGCAAUCACGGUAGGUAUUGCGCCAGGCAUGGCCAAGGAGCAUCUUCUAACUGCUGAAAGCAAAGGCUAUCUAUGCAGGGAUAUUAGCGCAGAUGGUUUUCGGUUUUAUAUUAACCUGUUUCCAGAAAUCGACCCAAACAAUGUUUACUUAGUAAAAGAUUAUGGAGUCUAUGACACAUGGUUAAGUGUGGCAUCUGCUUCUGGAUGAGAGACAACUUGUGCACUACCCCCCUAUUUACUUCCUCAUACUAACCGCAGCAAGGUUGAGACAAAUUGAUGAACGCGGAGAAGUUCUUUAGAUUCCAAAGUACAUCUUGGUGAUUGUAGACUAGAACUUUCAGAAACAUGCAUCAACCACCUUCUUGGACCCAUUGUGACACCCACGAGUAUUCUUUUCUGGGAGCUGGUAAUAGUUAUCUUGUAUUUGUAUUUGACUUGUACAUUUGAACAAGGAGGGGAAACCAACCCCCCAUACAACAUAAGUUCAGAGCUCACAAAAUAUAUUUUGUGCUGCUCGUCUUGUUUUUUUUUUUUUUUUUUUUGAUAAAUGGGUGGUGGUCAAAAG